AUGAAAGUGCUAAAGGGGUAUGUUCAGAAUCGUACUCGUCUCGAAGGUUGCAUUGUUGAGCGGUAUAUAGCUGAAGAAGCUGUAGAGUUUUGUACCGAGCAUUUAUCUGAUGUUAGUACAGUUGGAGUGCCUUCAAGCCAAAAGAUGGGAGUUUCAAAGCCAUUAUCAGGUUGCACAGUGAGCGUAGUUGAUCGGGACCUGUUGAACCAAGCACAUCUAUAUGUCUUGGAGAAUACGGAGGAAGUCCUACCUUAUAUCGAGCAACAUAUGAUCCACAUCCAGACCGCUUAUCCAAAAUUUAGAAAGAGAACAAAGUGGCUGCAGGAUAAGCACAAUAGCACUUUCAUUCAAUGGCUACGCUUCAAGGUUCAAAGUGAACUUAAUGAGGAAGACAAUCAUGGCGUAUCAGAAAAUUUAAGGUGGCUAGCAGCUGGUCCAAACAUGGCAGUGCCAUUAUAUAGGAGCUAUCUCAUUAAAGGUAUUAAAUUCAACAUCAAGGCACAAGAUGAUGUGCGGACAACUCAAAAUAGUGGAGUUUAUUUACUUGCACAUACUAUGCAAGUUGCUAGUGCCAAGGAUAAAAACCCAAUUCUCUCAAAUAUGGGUUUCUAUGGUGUCAUUCAAGAAAUUUGGGACCUUGACUACCAAAAGUUUACAAUCCCAGUCUUUAGGUGUGAUUGGAUUGAUAAUACUUCUGGUCUUGUAGUGGACGAACUUGGAUUUACCCUUGUAGAUUUGAGUAAAAUUGGACAUAGGAAUGACCAAUUUGUUUUGGCUUCUCAAGUCAAACAAGUAUUUUUUGUUGACGACCCGAUGCAUCGUGGUUGGUCGGUAGUGUUAUCAAUGCCUAAUAGAGAAUAUAAUGAUGUUAUUGGUGAUGAUGUCUUAGGUGAUGUGAGAAUUGAGUGUGAGCCAUUUACUAGGGGGAUGCCAAAUGUUGACACAUUUGAUGAAGUGGUGGGUUGA